CGUUCUAAAAUCCAGAAUCCAUAAAAAUCCAGAAUCCAUAAAAUUGAAAUUCUGGCUCCGCCUCUGCACGGGAGACUAUGUUCAAGUUGGCUUGUAAAUAAUGCUGUGAACUCCUUUGGACUAGACAUUCAAGAUUAACAAGAAAAUCGUAAGGAAAAGAGGUAACCUUUAUUCAGUUGUUUGGGACAAAAUUUUCUCUUUAUUAAUUUUGUUAACUCAACAGCAACAAAUAAGCCUCAGCCAAGUUGUGGCCACUAUUACUUUCUUUAUUUUUCCUUAAUUUCUUAACUUACUUUUUUGCAAGAGGAUUUUUUGCUUAUAUUUCCGACAUAUAAUUCAUACAUGUUGCUUCACAAUAUAGAUUUUAAACUUGAAUUUAUUCCUUUCUAACUUUCCUAAUAUUCUUUAUUAUAUGAGAAACGUAACAAAGUUUUUUUUUUUUUUUUUUUGGGAGGAGGAAUUGGCGCUAUAUAAGUAAUUUUCAAUACAUUUAUUUUACUUUCGGAUUAAACAAGUGUCAAUUUGAUUCUAACAUACAUUGUUUUUCAAUUGCCAUUUAUUAUCAAAAUCUGAAUAUUACAAAUAACGUACUUUAAUAGAUUUCGAAUAAUGUGCAAUAUGCACAAAUAGUUCAAAAGUUAAAUCCUAAUCCAAAAAGGAAAAGUUCCUAAUUUAAAACAGAAGGGUUUCUCCUUCUUAUAAAUCGUACCUCAAAAGAAACUCGGGCGGGAGUAAGAUAAAUUUGGGUAAAUACUUACACCUGGUGCUGGAAUAACUUUUGCAUCAACUCUGAAUUGGGUUUUCAAAUGAGCGGUUGAGAAGGGAGAAUUUAAAAGUAGUAGUACAAAAUCCUUAUGCUAAAAUUUCCCAUCUUGUUCAAUGCCCAUGUUUAAGCGACCAAAGGUAUUCGCAAUACGUAGUUUUCCAGAAGGUUUUACGCGAUUUGCUAAACAUGUUAUAGAGAAAACUGAGGAAGAUAUUGAUAAUGAAGUAGAAAUUGAAUCUAUAGGGUCUCACGAGCCGGAUGCUGAGGUUCGGGGAAAGUUAGUGUUUGGUGAAAAGAAUGUCAUAUCCUCCGGAGUUCAAGCUAUGAAUGUUGAGCCAAUUGUUAUUUCUGAACAAAAGGCAGAUGCAGAAUUAGGUAUUCAUAUGCCAGAGGAUCUGAAGGAUGGUAAAAAAAUUGCUCGAACCGAACCUAUUGAGUGUGGAAGCACUGAGCAUGUAGACUUGAUUAAGGUUGUGGAUACACAUAAGCAGAAUGCUCGGGUGGACAAUGGAGCUUAUCUUCACCUGGUCGACAAGUUGAAAUCGGGAGAAUGUGAUAUGACCAAGCUAAAGAGGUGUAAGGUUUACGCAGUUCGUGAUUUUCCAAAGGAUUUUAAGAAUUAUGAGGACGUUGACCAGAAAUCCCAAGAGGAUUAUGUGCAGGAAUCUGGUGAUAUCCAUGUUGAUCAUAAAUAUAAAGAGGAUCAUGUUAAGGAAACAAAUGAUGACUCUAAUAAACAUUUGAAGGUUGAUUUUGGAUGUCAAGGAGAUUUAGUGGAUCCUGUUGUCGAUGCAAUAUCAUGUGUAGAAGAAUAUGAGGAACAGGAGCCUGAGGUGACAAUUGAUUUAGAGGAAGUAAUACAAUCGGAUGUAGAUUUGGAGUUGCAUGAGGCUUUCGAGGAUGAAGAAACCAUCGCCCAGUUUGAAUGCAGGGAGCAUGAUAAUAACAGUUGUGGGUUUCCAAAAAGACGUAAAAUGUAUGCAACUCGUGAUUUUCCAGAUGCAUUUAAGAUCUUUAAAUCGCAUAAGGAGGCAUCGGGCAAAAAUCAGGAUCACCGAGCAGCUGACAAAUUGGCAGGGAAUAUUGAAGCAACCUGUGAUUCCCAAGAUGAUGUAGAACGCAUGAAUAAUAAUGUUAUGCCGGAUUCAAGGGCUACACUAAGAUGUCCCAGCAUGACAAGCAAAUCCUACCAAUCAGAUAUUAAAUCUCAUCAAAACAAAGGCAAAAGCAAAGGCAAAGGCGUAGCUCCAAAGCGAAAACAGAGUGAAAAAUCAGCGCCAAUAACUGUCAUUCUGGCAUUGACAGCUCCUACAAAAUGUCAAUGUAGACCUGGGCAAACUUAUUCUAGAACAAAAGCUACAGCAAAGAAUGCGUAAUCUUGGCUCAGUUUUCUGAUGGAAUGGAAGUGGCAUGCUAAAAGCAGCCAAAGGUAAUUCAUUAGCAUCUUCUUGUGACGCUAUUUAAAAAGAAUAUAACUUUUUCCAUCAAUAAAUAACACUUGCUAGUUCAUUUA